GUCCCGUCCCGUCCCGUCCCGGGCUGUCCCGUGGCCGGGCCGUGGCGGGGAAAGGCAGUGGGAGCGGAACUGGUACGGCGGGAGAGUUACUCCUACAGUGUGGUAUAUUGUAAUCUCUUACCUGAAGAAAUCAGAAAAUGGCCAAAGUUGAAAGGUUUGCUUUCCAUGUUCCAAGUCUGGAGGAGCUUGCUGGGGUUUUGCAGAAAGGGCUUAAGGAAAACUUUGCUGAUGCUCAAGUCUCUGUUGUAGACUGUCCUGAUUUGACUCAAGAGCCCUUCAAAUUUCCUGCUAAAGGAAUAUGUGGAAAGCCUAGAAUAGCAGAUGUGGGAGGUGUUCCUUACCUUAUACCUGUUGCAAAAACAGAAAAAAUUUAUGAUCUAAAUGCAGUUGCAAAAGACAUAGAGCUACCUGGUGCUUUCUUUCUUGGAGCUGGAGCUGCUUCAUCUAGGAUUACUGGAGGAAAUGCUGAGCUUAUCCCUAUCGUUCAAACUAAGAGUGAAAAAAAGCCUGCUGUAAAUGGGAGCUACUUUGCUCACAUAAAUCCUGCAGAUAAAGGGUGCCUGCUUGAGAAGUACAGCAGUAAAUACACUGAUUGUGAGUUUGGGCUGUUGGCCAACCUUUAUGCCAGUGAGGGCCAACCUGGUAAGGUUAUUGAAGUGAAAGCCAAUGGAAGAACUGGGGAACUUAACUUUGUAUCUUGUCUGAGACAAAUUUUAGAGAAACACUAUGGAGAAAAGCCAGUUGGGAUGGGUGGUACAUUUAUCAUCCAGAAGGGGAAAGCAAAGAUUCACAUAAUGCCUUCAGAAUUUUCUGCCUGUCCUCUGAACACCGAUGAGGAUGUGAAUAACUGGCUGAAAUUCUUUGAAAUGAAGGCUCCACUGAUUUGUCAGCCAGUAAUAGUUUCCAGAGAUCCAGGCUUCGAUCUGCGCCUGGAGCACACGCACUGCUUCAGCCACCACGGGGAGGGAGGGCACUACCACCAGGACACCAGCCCCGACACCGUGCAGUACCGGGGGUACCUCCUGCCCGCCGAGCUGCUCUUCCGCAUCGACAGACCCACCGAGACCCACCUCAUCGGCAGGGACUGAGGCUGCAGGGAGCCGCGGCGGCUUCACCCGCUCCUUUCCGAAGUACGGAUGCUGAGUUUUGUAAAGCUUUGAAUAAUCCGCAUUAAUCACGGUCAAGAGUAAAUCGAGCAGUGAAUCGCUGACUUCAUUUUGUAAAGAGAGGAAUUCAGAGUGUAUGCACACUUGAAAUUGUUACGGCUGAAUUAAAACGAUGAUUUCGUUGCAGUA